AUGGCAGCUGCAGAUGGAAUGCAAGCAUUUGUUGAAACAACAAUUCCCAAAACAUCUGAUGAAAUAGAUGAACAACAAAGUGAUAUUAUACGGCAAUAUUUAUCAAAAAAGACAGCAUGGAUUAGUCCAAAUGAAGAACAAUUUGAUGCACUUAUUAACUUUCUUAAAAAGCGUCUCGAUGAAGGACACGGUGAAACUAUUCUUGAAAUUGGAACCGAAGUUACUAGUAGUGAAUCACCAGGUUUAUUGCGUGAAGAAAUGGAAGCAUCAAUUGCUACACUUAAAAGUAUGCAAGCACUACUUGAUUGUGAAAUUGAAUUGUUAAGAGAAAAAUCAUUGUCGAAUAAAACACGCUUUCUAAAUGAAUAUCUUAUACGAAAACAUAUCGACGAAGAAGACUUUAUGGAAGUGAGAGUAGCUGUUACUGGUAAUGUUGAUGCUGGUAAAUCGACGUUACUUGGUGUAUUAACUCAUAGUAUAUUGGAUGAUGGUCGUGGUAUUGCACGACAAAAAUUAUUUCGACAUAAACAUGAAAUGGAGACUGGAAGGACAUCGUCUGUUGGAUGUGAUAUUCUUGGUUUUGACACCCAUGGUGCUAUUAUUAAUAGACCAGAUGUACAUGGCAAUCAAUCGUUGAAUUGGACAGAGAUUUGUCAGAAAUCAGCUAAAGUACUGACUUUUAUUGAUUUAGCUGGACAUGAAAAAUAUCUAAAAACAACUGUAUUUGGUAUGACAGGAUAUGCUCCUGAUUAUGCGAUGUUAAUGAUUGGUGCUAAUGCCGGUGUAAUUGGCAUGACGAAAGAACAUCUUGGCUUAGCACUUGCUCUUGGUGUUCCUGUUUUUGUUAUUGUUACUAAAGUUGAUAUGGCUCCUGCGAAUGUUCUGCAGGAAACCAUGAAACUUCUACAGAAAAUACUUCGUUCAUCGGGCUGUCGAAAAAUUCCAUUAUUAGUACAAAAUAAUGAUGAUGUAAUCACAUGUGCAACGAAUUUCACAUCGGAACGUUUAUGUCCGAUAUUUCAAAUAUCGAAUGUAACAGGAGAAAAUUUAGAUUUAUUAAAAAAAUUUCUUAAUCUAUUAUCAACACGAAUGGAAACAUGUCAAGAUGAACCAGCUGAAUUCCAAAUAGAUGAUUUAUAUGUCGUAUCUGGAGUAGGCGCAGUUGUUAGUGGUACAACAUUAAAAGGCAUCAUUAAAAUUGGUGAUAAUCUACAAUUAGGACCUGAUCCAUUAGGACAAUUUAAAACCGUUCAAAUCCGAGGUAUUCAUCGUAAACGAAUGCCAGUUGACAAAUGUCGAGGUGGUCAAACAGCAUCAUUCGCUUUGAGAAAAAUAAAAAAAUCCGAACUUCGUAAGGGUAUGGUUCUUUUAUCUCUAGCCAUACCACCUGUUUCCUAUUGGGAAUUCGAAGCUGAUUUGCUUAUUCUGCAUCAUCCAACAACCAUUGGUGUUAAAUAUCAAGCAGUGGUUCAUUGCGGUAGUAUUCGUCAAACAGCAACAAUUGUUUCGCUGCCUGUUGAGAACUUACGAACAGGUGAUCGUGCCAAUGUUAUAUUUCGUUUUGUAAAAUCACCUGAAUAUCUUCGUCUGGGUAUGAAACUCAUCUUUCGCGAGGGACGCACAAAAGCUAUUGGUAGUAUAUCGAAACUUACUCCAUAUGUUGCUGCUCAAACAACUGGAAAUCGAAUAAAAACAAAACUACACACAACAGUAGAUCAAUAA